AUGGCCAAGGAAAUACGUAGAGUGGCUGUUAUUGGCGCCGGUCCGGCGGGCGCGAUUGCUACGGAUGCGCUGGUGAAGGAGCAGGCCUUCGACGUUGUCCGCGUGUUUGAGCGACGGGAUCUCGCUGGAGGAACUUGGGUGUAUACUCCUGAGCUUCCGUCACGGAUCCCUUCUCUCCGCGACCUCGUCGAGCAACGAGCUAAUCCUCCCGUCGACCUCCCCAAGACCUUUCCCACAUGGACCCCGAAGACUGAGAAGAUCAACUCGCAUCAGCUGCGCUAUGCGGAUACCGGAGUACACGAAACCCUCCACAGCAACAUCACGCCCGAGAUCAUGGCCUUCACGCAAGAACCUAUCCCGAAGAUUCUCUCGGAGCGCACGAUUGCCCAGUAUGGACCCGGCGCCCCUUUCAGACACCGCGAGCUCAUUCGAGAAUGGGUCGAGGCAAUCUUCACACGUGGAGGCCAUGACAAGCUGGUCGAGUUCAGCACCACGGUCGAGCUGGCGGAGAAGAAGGGCGACGAGUGGGUCUUGACGCUCAGGAAGGUGGUCCCAGGCAAGUCGAAAGACUACUGGUGGCAAGAAACUUUCGAUGCGAUAGUUGUCGGGUCUGGUCAUUUCUACUUGCCUUACAUUCCCGAUAUCCCAGGCCUCGUCAAGUAUGAUGAGAAGUUCCCGGGGCGCGUAAAGCACACCAAACACUUUCGAAGUCCCGAGGAGUUCAGGGGCAAGAAGGUUGUAGUCGUCGGUGGUUCAGUCUCGGCAUUUGACGCACUACACGACAUUCGCCUAGUAUCACAAACUCCCGUGAUAGCGUCUCUUCGUGAACCACUACCCGCAUUCGGAUGGGCCCCCUUCACCCAUCCCGACAUCACCAUCAAGCCGCAAAUCACGCAUUUUUGCCACAAGACCGGCCGCAUCACAUUCAGCGACAAGUCAACUGUGGACGACGUGGACGUCGUGUUGUUCGCUACAGGCUAUGACUUCAGCUUCCCCUUCUUGCCAAAGUUGAAGGUUGAAAAUCGGCGUAUCCCGAGACUUUACCAACACGUUUUCCACACCGAUGACCCGUCUCUGGCAUUUGUGGGCAUGGUGACUGGUGGUUUCACCUUCCGUGUGUUUGAGUGGCAAGCUGUAGCUGCCGCUCGUGUGUUUGCGGGACGCGGGCAACUUCCAUCCACAACGGAGAUGGAGAGAUGGGAAGCAGAUCGUCUAGUUAAGCGAGGUGAUGGCGUUCCGUUCUUUACUCUUUCCCCAGAUUUUGAGGAGUAUUUUGAAGCGUUGCGCGCCAUUGCUGGCGAGCCUGCGCCUGGCUCGACGGGACGAAUACUGCCCAAAUUCGACCCGAAGUGGCUGGAGGCAUUCGCCGACGUCAUCAAUGCUCGAGUCGACUGGUGGAAGAAAGAGACCGAAAAGGCAGAGAAACAGCAGAAGACGCUAUACAAAUCUAAGCUAUGA